ACCUUACCCAUGAUUUAAUUAGUUUUCCAAGAACACUUACGGCUGAUGUGAUGUGGUGAACUCAAGUUGUUUAUGGUCAUCUGGGCGGCUAAGGUUUUUUCGUCAAUCCUCAUCUCUUCACUCCCUUUCAUUGUUCUCAUACUGUUUUCAAAAGCACCGUCGAUUUUCUUGACGCUGACUUUUCCCUUCAAUUCCAUGCAACGUAUCAAUGUUAUUAUACAAUCAACCGCCGUCUGCCCAUCUCAUCUUGUCUUUGAAAAGUAAUCUUUUCUGUUCUUGUCUUUCUCUGUGUUUAAUUUAAUAAUUACUCAUCAAGUUUGAAGUUUAGAAUUAGAUUUGGUUACAUGUAUAACAGAAGCCUUCGGAGUUGACGAUAAGAGCAAAACCCAAGUCUUUGUUUCCUGUUGUCUUCAAAUUCUUUCUUCUUGCUUUUAACCACUUCACUCUCUUUGUGAUAAAAGUGUCGUUUCUCUCUCUCAUUCGCUUGUCAUUUUGCUGUUUGCGUUGAGGAACGAAGCGGGGAGAGGAGAUAAGUUUUGUUGCAGAAGAAAAAUGAGGCUUGGUCUCUCAAUGACCAAGGUUGUUUCUCUUUUUGUUUUGGGUUUUUUGGUUCUCAACUGCUGUGUCAACUUUGGAUCUCACGCUCAGCGUUUGCCUGAUGAAGAAGUGAGCGCUCUCGAAGCAAUACUCUCGAAACUGCAGGUCAAAAAUAAAAAUGUAUCCUCAACUUCCUGCAGUGACAGUGCAUGGACUAACUAUGAUUCUUCAACUAGAAGCAAUAUCACCUGUGAUUGUAAUCAUGACAAUGUUUGUCAUGUCACUCUUUUCUAUAUGAGGGGUCAAAAUUUAGCUGGAGUUUUUCCAGAAGAAUUUGCAAAUCUUACUUUUUUGACACAAAUUGAUCUUACCCAAAACUAUAUUAAUGGAACAAUCCCUGCAAGAUUGGCUCAGAUCCAAAAUCUUACCAUUCUGUCCCUUGUAGGAAACCGUAUUGGCGGUUCACUUCCCUGGGAAAUUGGUGACUUUCCUUCACUUGAGGAGUUGGUCUUGGAAGAUAAUGAAUUUGUAGGACCUAUUCCUGAAACCCUUGGAAAUGUGAAGACCUUAAGGAGACUUCUUCUUUCUUCAAACAAUUUUACGGGAUCAAUACCAAAAUCACUUGGCAAAUUGACAAACUUAGAAGAUUUUCGGGUAGAUGGAACCAAUCUGACAGGAAAGAUACCUGAUUUCAUUGGAAAUUGGAUUAAAAUGACCCGACUUGAUAUGCAGGGAAGCCCCUUCGAGGGACCUAUUCCUUCCACUAUAUCACAGAUGACAAGUUUAACAGCACUGAGGAUUUCUGAUCUGAAAGGAUCAGGUUCGUCUAUUCCAGAUUUGCAGAAAAUGACAAAUAUGCAAAGAUUGGUACUGAGAAAUUGCUCGCUUAAUGGUACAAUCCCACAAUAUCUUGGGAGUAUGUCAAAGUUAAAACUUCUAGACUUGAGCUCCAACCAGUUGACUGGUCCAAUUCCUGAAACACUUCAUAAUUUGGAUGCCGUAGAUUUCGUUUUCCUGGGCAACAACUUAUUAACUGGAGCAGUUCACAGUUGGAUACUAAAUGAUAACAAGAAGUGGGAUUUAUCUUAUAACAAUUUUUCAGAGCCAUUUACAGCUGGUUGUGGGCAGAACCAAGUUAAUGUAAUCUCCAGUCUUGCAUCCUCCGUGAACAACUCAAAUUCUUGGUGCUUCAUGAAGGACCUUCCCUGCCCCGGAAAAGCCACACACUAUUCCUUGUUUAUUAAUUGUGGAGGAGGUUCGUUGAAAUCUGGGGGCAAUACCUAUGAAGAGGACUAUAACAAAGAAGGUCAAUCAGUCUUUGCUCCAGUGGGAACACGGUGGGCUUAUAGCAGCACUGGGAUUUUUACAGGCAAUGAGAGUCUUAAUUACGUGGUAUCGAGCCCGAGUGGUCUGAAUGUGAGUGGUGAAGAAUACUACAAAACAGCUCGCCUUUCGCCGCAAUCACUCAGGUAUUUUGGCCUGUGCAUGCGACAAGGCAGUUACAAUGUGAAACUCCACUUUGCUGAAAUUAUGUUCACGAAUGAUCAGACGUUCAGCAGUCUUGGAAAGCGAAUAUUUGACGUUUCUAUCCAGGGGGAGGUGGUUUUAAGUGACUUCAACAUUAUGGAGGAAGCUGGAGGUGCCGGUAGAAACAUCACGAGAGAAUUUAAAAAUGUCACUGUAAGUGGUAGCACUUUGGAGAUCCACUUAUACUGGAGAGGGAAAGGAACUAAUGCCCUUCCUCAGAGAGGUGUUUAUGGGCCACUUAUUUCCGGAAUUACAGUGACACCAAACUUUAAAGUUGACACUGGGGGUUUAUCAGUUGGAGCCACUGUUGGCAUCGUACUUGCUUCCUGCCUAGUUCUCAUACUGGUGGUGUUGGUCAUUCUAUGGAGGCUGGGUUACUUGUGGGCCAAAGACCCUGAAGACAAAGAACUCCGUGGUCUUGAUCUUCAAACUAGUAUUUUCACUCUAAGGCAAAUUAAAUCUGCUACCAAUAAUUUUGAUCCUGCUAAUAAGAUUGGUGAAGGAGGAUUUGGGCCUGUUUUCAAGGGUACAUUGGCCGAUGGUGCUGUAAUUGCUGUGAAGCAGCUAUCCUCCAAAUCAAAGCAAGGAAAUCGUGAAUUUGUGACCGAGAUAGGCAUGAUAUCUGCUCUGCAGCACCCAAAUCUUGUGAAGCUUUACGGCUGUUGUAUCGAAGGAAAAGAGUUGUUGCUAAUAUAUGAGUAUAUGGAAAACAAUAGUCUUGCCCGUGCACUUUUUGGUAAACCAGAACAACUGCUCAACUUGAACUGGGAAACAAGAAUGAAGAUAUGCAUAGGUAUUGCUGGGGGAUUAGCUUAUCUGCAUGAGGAAUCGAGGUUGAAAAUUGUUCACAGAGACAUAAAGGCUACCAAUGUGUUGCUUGAUGGGAAUCUAAAUGCAAAGAUAUCAGACUUCGGUCUAGCUAAGCUUGACGAAGAAGAGAACACCCAUAUUAGUACCCGUAUAGCUGGAACAAUAGGGUACAUGGCACCAGAAUAUGCAAUGAGGGGCUAUUUGACCGAUAAAGCAGAUGUUUACAGCUUUGGAGUUGUUGCUUUGGAGAUUGUCAGUGGCAAGAGCAACACUAGUUACAGGCCAAAGGAGGAGUUUGUUUACCUUCUUGAUUGGGCAUUGGUCCUGCAAGAGCAAGGAAACCUUCUUGAACUUGUGGAUCCAUCUCUUGGUACAAAAUUCUCCAAAAAAGAGGCAAUGACCAUGCUUAACAUUGCUCUUUUAUGCACCAAUCCAUCUCCCACUCUCAGGCCAUCCAUGUCUGUUGUUGUUAGUAUGCUUGAAGGCAAAAGUGCAGUCCAGGCACCCGUCAUUAAGCGCAACACUGACAACAAUGAUGCAAGGUUCAAAGCAUUAGAGAUAAUAUCACAGGACAGCCAGAACCACUUCACAACCUUCUCUCAUGGUAGUUACAAAGGACCAUGGUCAGGUUCCUCGACUUCUCUCCGAACCAGAGACGUGUCUAUAGAGGAGGAUUCUUCAUCAAGAAGGCUUCUUCAGUAAUCUUUAAUAGUCUGUGGAAAUUUGAGAAAUGAUGCUUGGAAAAAUUUUUAUUUAGAACUGUAAAGAAGGGUGAGUUGGAUUGUGUUAGGAACUAGCUCUUAUUUAACAAAAACAAAAGAUAAAAACAUAAAAUACACAAUAAAAUAAAACUAUUUUAUUAAUCAAAAGAUUGUAAGGAUAAAUUGAACAAUUUGAGGAGUUUGGAGUCUCUCAUUCUAGAUAGUUUGAGGAGUUUGGGCUAUCUCAUUCUUUGAACAUUCGAGGCGUCGAAAACCUCCAUGAAUCAAUCAAGGUUGGUUGUUCAAAUUACAAAACCUUAAAAUAUGUUAUCCCCCUUCCUUUUUGGAACUUGAUGUCGUUUUUAUAAUAAAGACUACCUUUAGAUUGAUGAUAA